AUGCCGAUUAGAAAAUUGAGUCAGGAUGUCAUUAACAAGAUCGCCGCUGGUGAAGUCGUGCAAAGACCUGCUAAUGCUAUCAAGGAACUGAUCGAAAACUCCAUCGAUGCUGGAGCAAAAACGAUUAAAGUCAAGACGAAAAAAGGCGGCCUGGAAAUGUUCCAAAUCGAAGACGACGGCUGCGGAAUCCCCAUGGAAGAUCUUCCCCUCGCUGGAGUGCGUUUUGCCACCUCGAAAUUGCAAGAAUACACCGAUCUGAAAGAUAUCGGAUCUUUUGGCUUUCGUGGCGAAGCGUUGGCCUCUAUUUCUCAUGUCGGCCAUUUGACGAUUACUUCCAAACCCGUUGCCCAGGAAGUUGCUUACAAAAUUCAAUUCGAUGGCGGGAAACCCAAUGGAGAAGCGAUUCCUUCAGCUGGUAGAAACGGGACAGUGAUUCAUGUCAAGGACCUUUUUCAUAAUAUGGGAAUGCGGCAGAAAUCAUACAAUGCGAACGAAGAACAAUUUAAGGAAAAAAUAGCUGAGGUAAUCCGGGCCUACUCUAUCCACUACGAGAAUCUGAACUUUUCCCUCUUCCGAAUCGACAAGAGCCAAACUCAAGUUCGCUCUUGGAAUCUUCCCGACAGAAAAACCAUCAUUCAGCAUACUUAUUCGAAGGAAGUCUCAAGCAAUAUUCUCACGACGAAACUUUCAGAUGAAGAGAUUGGAGUCAAGGGAGAAAUCUUCUUCACGUCUUCUGGAUACUCCGGCAAGAAGUUUAUUCUCUUGAUUUUUGUCAAUAACAGAUUGAUUGAAAGUAAGCAGAUAAAGCAAAUAAUGGAAACCGUUUAUGAAGAAUACCUUCCUAAAGGCGCACGCCCGUGGGUUUAUCUCAACCUCUCCAUGCCUGGAAAAAACAUCGACGUAAACGUCCAUCCGACAAAGAUGGAGGUGCAGUUUCUCCACGAUGAGCGAAUUUACGAAAUGAUCAAGAAAAAGAUGGAUAUGUUUCUGAUCCCGACAAAGGAAGACAGAACAAUGACUGUAGUUCCCACAUUUUUGAGCAAUCAUGAGACUUCUGUGAUUGAUCUGAAUGAGUCGCGCAAUUCAAGAAGAUCUGAUCCAAAUUCGUCCGAUUAUCAGCAUCAAAUGGUCCGAAACGAUUCUUCCUCGCAGAGAAUCGACAGUUUUCUUGCCAUCAUUGAUGCCAUCCGCGGCAAUAAUAAAGAAAAUGAGCCUCGCCAACCCAAAUCGUCGACCCCAAAGAAAGAAAACGAAACAGCAUCCCCGAUUUCCGAGAACAAAAAAUCGCUAAAGAGAAAGUUCGAAAAGAACGAAACAAUCAACGGGCGGGCGAAACGAAACCGCUGCCAGCUGACUUCGAUGCUCGAAUUGGAGAAAGAAAUCGAAGGAAAAGUCGACUUGGACUUUAAAAGUUUUCUGGAGAACUGCAUCUUUGUUGGUUUCGCGUCCUCUUCGAACAUUCUGGUGCAGCAUCAGGAGAAUCUUCUAUCUGUCGAUUUUUCGCACCUUUCAGAAGAUCUUUUCUACCAAAUAAUCGUCAAGGAUUACGGCAACUUCGAUGUGGACGAGCUCGAGGAUCCAAUAGAUCUACCCGCGAUUCUGCAAAUUUCUAGCAUCGACCCGUUAAAGUGGGAGAGGCUUCUUCAUUCGUUGAAAAUAAUGCGAGAAAUGCUGCUCGAUUACUUCGGAAUUCAAAUCGACGAGGAUCUCUAUCUCCGUGGAAUGCCCAAAAUUAUCGACGACUACCGCCCAGAGUUCAACAAGAUUUACAAGUUCUUUGAAUACCUGCAAGACACAAACUGGAAGCACGAAGGGAAAUGCCUCAGAUCCGUUUCAAAAGCGCUCGCAAAGUUCUAUUCUUUCGCUCAUUACGAGCAAGACGAGCUCGAUUAUCUAAAAGAAGUGAUGGAGAACACGAUCUUUCCAAUCUACAAAAGCGACUUUUUCUGCCUCAAUUAUCUGACGACUUUUCAGAGCCUGUAA